UAUUGGAUGGGUUGCUCUUUGCUGACAUGUAAUAACUUCGGUAACGUGGAACACAUUCUGUUGAGGACUUUCAACGUUAAGGGGACUACGACCGAUAUCUCAACAGUAACGCUGGUUAACAUUUUGAGGCAGCCGUACAACUAAGACGCCAAGUCGUGACAGGUCAAAUGCUGACGCGCCAUCACAGAAACUUGAGCGGAGACCCAUCAGACAGGGCAUUCACAAACAUGUUUCCCAAUGAGACAUGUGAGAACAACACAGAGAUACAUGUGGACGGAAACCCGGUGGUGAGCAGUAUAAUGUUCAUUGCUGGGGUGGUGGGGAACCUCAUGGCACUGGCUAUCCUGGGAGUCCACCAAAAAGAGCGCCGCACCAAAUCCUCGGUUUUCUGCAUUCUGGUGACUGGUUUAGCGUUAACAGACCUACUGGGUACUUGUGUCCUUAGCCCACCAGUGUUUGUAUGCUACGCCCGAAAGGCUACCCUAGUGGGACUUACCGGAGACACAAGACUCUGUAACCUGUUUGCAUUUGGCAUGACAUUUUUCGGCUUGGCAUCCAUGUUAAUCUUGUGUGCCAUGGCUGUGGAACGUUGCCUGGCCAUCAGCCACCCGUACUUUUACUCAAAGAACGUGCGUCGGAGUUACGCCAAAGUUAUUCUCUUUCUCAUCUACCUUUUCACGUGUGCUUACUGCCUGCUGCCGUUUUUCGGCUAUGGUAGGCACAAGCAGUAUUGCCCCGGCACGUGGUGUUUUAUCAAAAUGGAAGCGGAGGGUGAAAGUGAGGAUGAAGAAAGGCGAACACUGGCCUUUUCGCUAUCCUAUGCGCUGUUAAUGGCACUGCUCAUCGCUAUCGUCUUCGUGUGCAACGGCUCGGUGAUUGUGAGCCUGUGCCGUAUGCACCGUAGUCACCUCACCCGCCGCGGUUCCGUGGUGUCAGCCGGACGCAAGAGGAGGCUCGGCACCUGGUUCAGCCAUGGAGAGGAAGAGAUGGACCAUCUGGUGAUGCUGGCCUCUAUGACCGUCAUCUUCGUCAUCUGCUCUCUGCCUCUCACGAUUUGUGGUUUUGUUAAUGCCAUCAGCCCGGUGGGGAACGACCAGGAGAAUCUCCUCGCCUUCCGAUUCUCCGCCUUCAACCCCAUCGUAGACCCUUGGAUCUUCAUCAUCUUCCGCAAAGCCGUCUUUCAGCACCUGCGUUCUCUGUUCCACUGCUGUCUGCCGACCACCGUGGUAAAGACUACCGCUCACACCGCCCUCUCUUUCACCGGAGAGCCCGGGGAGCCCAUUAACUCCACUAGCCUUCAGCCCAAAACCUACUCCAGCCUCCCUCUCUGA